AUGAGGUCACCACAAACCAGCGAGAUCGCUCUCGGAGUAGGUGUCGACGGAGGCUGGACGAUACCCGAGGUACCAGAACCCGUUCACACCAUUGGAUUGGAGGUCGCGAACUCAAUCCCUCCACCUCUCACCCGUAGACCCCCCUUUGCACCCUCUAUCUCGGACUGGAGUGGCGAAGGUGGCGCACAUAUGUCGGACACUUCAUCAACCAUUCAUGCUGAAGAAGUUGACAGUACGCUCAUGGAUCUCCAGGACAAAGGCGAUUGUGGCAGUUUGUCUGGAGUCCCGAACAACCCCAUCGUGCGGGAGAAACACAGUCACGACUCCGUCGACUCUGUUGAGGGUAUCCAACACUGGAUAAACCACGUAGAUCUGACCAGCGUUCCCCCCGAACGUACUCCAUCUCCGAGUCCGUCACAGUCGUCUGUGUCAACGGUGCGAGAGUAUACGUGGAACAGCAGUCGAGAGGGUGACUGGGUGUCAGUCGAUGUUCGGGAUCGUCGUUAUGAUUAUGUGUGCUCAGGGUAG